UCUAGUCACUUGGUGUGAACCACUGUGAACUGUGAAAUCGAAUGUGAAUUUUGAAAUGUCGUAGGAUUAUUUUUGUAAAUGUAAACUAAAAAUAAACGUAUUUUGAGAAAUAAAUAGUUUUGACACAGUUUCAUGAAAUAGACUUGCGUGGUAAUAUUUAGUAUUUGCGUAAAACGUAUUAACUUAAAAAUGUUCCUACAAGUAUAGAAAUUGUUUUUCCAAUAUAAUAAUGUCUUCCGGUACCGGUAUAUCAGUGAAUGGUCAAAUAUGAAAUGCUAAAACAAACUACUCAUAACAAUGAUAUGAUAAUAUAUUAUGCCAAUAGAUUUUAAUAUAUGUAUGUGCUAUUUUUUCCUCACACAAGAAAUGUAUGAAGUGCUAAUCUGAUAUUAAAGAAGGUGCUAAAAGUGGUAAUAAAUCGUAAACGUAACAAAAAUGCCUGGUAAAAUUAAAGUGAAGGUUUUGGCGGGCCGAAAUUUGCCUGUGAUGGACAGGGCGAGUGACACAACAGAUGCAUUUGUUGAAAUAAAGUUUGGUGGAAUUACACACAAAACAGAUGUUUGCAGAAAAUCUCUAAAUCCUCAUUGGAACAGCACUGAAUGGUACAGAUUUGAGGUAGAUGAAUCAGAGCUUCAAGAUGAACCGCUCCAGCUACGCCUUAUGGAUCAUGAUACAUAUUCAGCGAAUGAUGCAAUUGGCAAAGUGGUUAUUAGUCUUGCACCCCUGUUGGCGCGCGAGGCAAUUAGUACCAACGGCGUGGCUGGCCCUCCUGGAGGUGCCGUAAUGUCAGGAUGGAUCCCCGUAUUCGAUACAAUGCAUGGCAUUCGAGGAGAACUCAACGUGAUUGUAAAGGUGGAAUUGUUCUCCGACUUCAAUAAAUAUAAAACAUCAAGUUGCGGUGUACAGUUCUUUCACUGCCCAAUGAUACCGCCGGGCUAUCGAGUGUCCGCCAUUCACGGUUUUGUAGAGGAAUUAAUAGUGAAUGAUGAUCCCGAGUACCAAUGGAUUGAGAAAAUUCGCACACCACGGGCUUCUAAUGAGGCGAGGCAGGUGGCCUUUAUCAAGUUGAGUAAUCAGGUACAACGUUUGGUCGGUCUGAAGGCUGCAGAAUUAGGUGCCAAUGCUGUAGUAGGAUAUCAACAGGACUUUGACUUAGAGGGCGAAGCCGGGGUCGUUGCUAGAGCUAUCGGUACAGCCGUCAGCAUGACACCAUUGCCGUUACCAAGCCAAUCGAUGACAGUGCAGCUAACUCAGCAACAGUUAAAUAAAUACUUGGACAUUUUAGCGACCGAUGACGAAAGUGUUGCCGAUCUGAGAGAAUAUUACCUUCAUCAUCAAGAUGAAUUGAUGAUGAUCGUCAAUAUACUUAAUCCUAGAACACCAUCUUUGCUAGACGAACCAGAUAAUGAUGACGAUGAUAAGAGCUUUGAAACUAUUCGAUCAACGCAAAACAACUACACGGGAAGACUAUCUAUAUAUCAAGAUCUUACUGCUCAUACAGGUCUUAAGCAUAUUUCAGACGAUCAAUCUGAGCUAAAUAAACUCCUUAACCGUCAAGAUUCUGAUUCUGACUCAUCAGGACCGAUUGGAAAAAUAAAAAAGAUGAAAACUCACUUGUUUUCCAAACGCUUCUCCAGACGAAAAUCGUCUGCUAAGCAAGAUGAUCAGAUCUCUAUUAAAUCUAGUUCAUCUGACACAUCCCGCAUAUCGGAUAUUAAAAACGAGCUGAAAAAAUUAAAAAGGUUAAAGGUUAAAAGAUACGAUGAAUAUGAAGAAGAAGAGGGUAUAAAUAUGGCAUCGAUUUUAGCACGUUCUGUAAUUCAUGCUCAGACAAGUCUCGCUAGAAUAUCUGAGUCGCAUUCUGAACACUCUCCAGGGUCCACACUAAGGCGAAUUAGUGACUCUGGAUCGGUCAAUUUACCUUCAGGUGAAAUGACAGACGUUGAAGUAAAUUGUAUGGACGAUUCUAAAAUCCCAGAAAUACAUUGCGCUUCUAUGGAAAACUUAUCUAAUGUCGUCAGUCCACAAGCGGAAAGAAAGAUUUCUGAUUCCUGUCCAACUUCACCGGUUGUUGUAAGAAGCGAAAAUCUUCUUAAACUCCCUGGAGAUUCCAGUUUUUAUGGUUCCGUAUCAUCUGCUCUCUCAGCAGAGAGUUCAGAUAUUUAUUCAACUUCAGACGAAGAAGAGGAUAGUUUUAACUUAAAAACUGAAACUAUCGGUUCUGUUGUUAAAUCAGUUUUAAACAAUAAUGUAGAUCCAGAAUUUGUUGCCCAAAUGGAAAAAAAGCUUACAGUACUCAAAUUGGAUUCUUUUGAAAGAAACGAAGGCAGUCAGUCCGCCCAAGCAGUGAAACCUGAAGUUCCAGAUUUUCAAAACAAGCAGGACCAUAAUCCCGUACUGCUUGAACCCUCAGAGGAUAAAAAGUGUGUAGUCAGUCAUAACCGGUCUUUUAAAAUUCCAAAUCCAUUUGCACACAAGAAGCUUUGUAGUAGCUUUAGUGCACCCUCAUCCCCGGAUGAGAAAAACGGCUUCAUGUAUCGCUCCUCAAGGCGGAUAAAGCGACAGCUUUCAAAAUUUUCAAAAAGUAGCAUGAUCAAAAGCUUGUCACAUUACUCCUUGCUGCCAAAGAGGAAAGAACAUAAACCGUCAGUAAGCGAACCUGGUUCUUCGUCUGAUGCUACAUCUAGAGCUCCUAGCGACACGGUGCUAGGUGCCCCUUUCUUGUCUUAUAAUGAUCUGCUUGCUCUUGAUAAUAGCGCAGUUAACUCUAAUCGCCUAUGCAAAAGUGAUGAUCUUGGACCCACCAAAGUUUCUAUGUACAUUGGUUCCGAACCAGUAUCUAGAGCGUCAUUUAGUGGACCUUCCAUCUCAUUCAGCGAACGUUUGCCUGAGCAAAGAUCAUUUAAAAGGGAAAAACCUGCAAUCAAACCAUCGAGCUUAGUCCAAACUGCUAUGGAAACAAUACUAAUUGAUAAAGUCCAAUCCCUACUUAUACCGACAAGUCCAGACUAUUCGACUGCUAAUAAAAAAUUCUUUAGCGACGUGAAUGAAAAACUAGUGGUUGAAGAAGAAAAGCUAAGAGAAAGAAAAUUAACUAGACAGGACAGUGUACAAUCGACAGAAUCGGCGUCGCAUAAAAUGUCCAAAUCCCUUAAUUCAUGCAAGUUAACACAUACGCCAGUCUUAAAAAACUUCCAUCCCAUUCUUAGCGGAGCACAUUUAGAGACCAUACCUUCUUUACCCGAGGGCAGUGUAGAUAAAGAAAGCCUAGACGUAGAGUGUGAUACUAACAGUGCUAGCGUGUGUGGUAACUCGCAUGCAGCGUGCGUUGACAGGGAUAAAUGUGAGAGGGAGAAACAAGAUAGGGAGAAGUGCGAGAAAGAAAAGGACCGAACAUCGCCGCGUCACGCGCGGCACGAGUCAUAUGGUGGCCGCGAACCAAAUGUACAAAACGCAUCAGUCAACUCCACUUCUACGCCAAUGGGCAUACAUCGACGAUCUUCUGAUUCUGAUCUUAGUAUAACACCAAAAGGUAGCUCGUUAAAUGCAUCUCUAGGAAACGCGGGUAGUGGCGGAGGUGCGAUACUCAAGCCAUCUAUGAACAGCAAUAACCUGGAAAUGCUGGAGUAUCCAUUUCUUACGAUGUCGGAAUAUCCGCCUGGAUUUAUCGUACAUAUUGGUGGGACAGUCUGCGCUCGGUCUGUGAAGUUAGUAGAUGGGGGUGGGGAAAGUAGUUCUCGAGCGGGAUGGUGGACAGAACUAAGGACCGAGCUCAGAGCACAUGCGCGUGCGCUACGAUGCACUGCCGUAUUGGCCUAUUGUGAACGAACUGCUAUACGUGAGGACGUGUGCGUUCUAUCUGCUUCUGGCACAGCGGCAGUCAUCAAUUUGGACUGUGAUUUUAAUAUUGAUGAGCCGAAUGUGUCUUUAACAAACGGCUCAAAGAAUACAAUAGAAGAAAUUGAGGCUGAGAAUUGCAGCAUCGCGCAUGUACCGUACUCGCCCGGCGCGGGUCCUUACAGGGCUGAGUUGGCCCCAUGUGGGGAAUGCCGUCGUGCCCGCGUCCCUACAGUUGUACUAGCGACGUGCGAGAAACCGAACAGACUGACUUCCUACGGCAAAGCAGUGACACUCACCGCUGUUGCGGGUAGAAUACGUCGCGCACCACCCACCGCCGAGCCUGGUGCGAGAGAUAUUUCGGACCAACUACCCUUUCUGGAGUAUGAACUACACAAAUUGUUGCUGGCUAAGCUUAGAAUGCAGGGUGCAAACGCGAUAUUUUCUCUCCAAACACAAAUAGCAAUAGGUGAGCGUUGUGUGAUGGCAUUAGCUACUGGUACAGCUGUAAAAUUAGCAGCCUUACCGCCUCCAGCACCACCAAGAAUUAAGGCUUCAGAAAAAGACAAAGACGCCAUAGAGAUACAGAAAGCGCUAUGGGAUACGUUCACUGCGAACAAGACAGCCAAUGGCUUUGAUGUUGCUAUAAACGAGCAAACACGCGCGGCAGUGGAAAGCGAGGCAGAGGAGCCUCCAGCUUUGGACCUAUGUGCGGACAAAGAUACCUGCGUCCUGGAAUUGGAUGAGGCGGAAGAUGUGGAGACAGCAAAGUUACUAGCAUCGCGUCGUAGCAACAUGCAAGUAUUUACGGACCAGUUAAAAGCUUCUACUGCAGCGCACGCGCUACCUUAUGCGUUUACGCAGGUAUGGCGUACUCGUGUAGGUCCAGUGGGAACUAGUGCAGAACGUCUGGUGUCAUCUGCGCUAAGUGGUGCCGCGUAUAAAUUGCGAAGGUUGCAACCAGCUGCGCUUGCGCCGCCUACAUUCCAACUCGACUUAUCUGAGGAUGAAAUCCAGCUUGUCGUGUCCGGUACAGCAAUACCUCUACAAGACCCAAGCAAGGAGCCAGUUAUCGAGAGGGCGACAUCAAAUGAUGACGAUAUCUUCGCUUUAGAUGAGGAGCAACUUGCCAAGACUAAUACUGAGAAUUAUGACGAGAAGAAUAGUGGCCAGAGCGGUCGCGUGUCCCUAACCACUUUAAGUCACAUUAGCGGCAGUCGUUUAGCACGGCGCGUGUGCGCAUUAAGAUUAUUAUUCGUACGUGAAACAACAGGAGUACGGGAACUGGGUGGUCUUAGCGGGUUUCUUCAUACUUUCACGUGUGAAGUCCUGGCAAUAGUGCGUGCGUAUACGUCGGCAUUGGGCGGUAACGCACUCACGUCCUUCUACGUCACACACCUAAUGUUACAGGACAACGCACAUAAGAAUCAGGGUCAGUGUUUACUGUCUGUUGGCGGUGACGUCGUUCACAUAACGUACUAAAAUCGAUGACAUAUCUAAUCAUAAGUUUUAUUUUCUAAUUUUAAGUUAAAUUUUAUGCUGUAAAUUUUUAUUGUAGAAUUUGAUAUUGUUUUGUACCUCGCAGCCUCCAUUGGAUAAAUAUGGAUUGUUUUUAUAAUGUAGUUUUUUCUAUCUUAUACACGAUAGACAUAGUAUGAAUUGUCAUCGAAUAAAACGCCAUUAUCAAUUUAAAUUAUCACAUAUCACGAAAACUUUAAAAUCUAGUAAUUUAUACAUUGUUUAAUACGCCAAAGAUGUCUAUGUCUAGUGGUGGGAUGUUUAUAGUUUUCUACGAACGUACUUUACUUUUGUAAUAUUAUUUAAUCCAUUUUAUUUAGUUAUAAAUUUUCAAAGAAUUAAUUUCCCGUUUGAUAUCUUAAUCUUUUCCGUAAUCUUUUAUGGUGUCUGGUACAGUAAUACAUCUACGAGACCCAAGCAAGGGGCCAGCAAAUAAGCGGGACACCUUUUGUCAUUACUGACGGUCAAAUAUUUUUCUGAUUUUCAAAUUAGGAAUUAGAAUCAUUAAUAUGUACGUUGAAUAAUAUUAAUAUAAGUAAGGAGAAGCGAGAUGAAAAUGUUAACCCAUUAUUGAUAUUCGGUACAAAUACCGGCAAACUUCUUGAGCAUUAAACAAGGGAGCGUGGGAAAGUUUGCCCAUCUUACACAGCGCGGGACACUAACGUCAACCUCAAGGACAUUUGUUCAAGUAUAUGUAUAUAAUAUUUUAUUGUGCUCUCUAUUGUUUAUUUUAUCUAAAACGUUUGAACGUUUUUGAAAAUCGAUGACAAUGCAUACUAGGUCACGUGGUUUUAAAGUUGAUGUGAACUAUAACAUAACUUUAUAACUGGAGUUUUUGUGAACCACAAAUUUCGAUAAUAAGACUAUAAUCAAACACAAGUAUUUUUAAUCGCAAUCUUAUAAUAUACAUUUAACUAAUUCAGAACACUUGAUCGAAACAGUCUUAAACUAAAAUGUUCUAAAUCCUACGUACAAACGCUUUACUCUAGUAGGUUCAGUGCUCGUACAGUUGUACACGGAGUUGACUUAACUAUAAAUAGUCCUAUUAAAGGUGAAAAAUAUUGGUUGGAUAAUAUUUAUAAUUUUUUUUUCACUCUCGUGUUCAAGUAAUAUGUCACGCAUUUUUUGGAGGUUCUUGGCGCCCCCCCCCCCCCCCUGAAACGCACCGUAA